UGAAAAUGUAUGACUAACUACGUACAUAAAACCAUUUCGAAUUGUGCAACCACAUUGGUGGCUGCAGUUCCUCCUUUUGUGAAAUGCAUCGUCGAUCCCGGAAAGUACUCGAAUAGAAGUCUUCCUCAGCAUGACAGACGGAAUGUGGGAACGGAACCGACAUGGAGUAAACUGUAACGUGAAGGACUUGCGUUUGUCUUUUAAAUAUUGAUUUGUCUGUCGAACGAACGUUAUGUGACAACGAUGAACGUUUUUCUGAUACUUUGCUUCGUUGACAAAUAUUACGUGAAUGCGAACGAGUUGCAAGUAACCUAGCAUAAUUUCUUAUUCAUAAUGGACCAUAUAAAAAGUACAAGUACUUAUAUAAACAUGAAGAUCACGAGACACUCGCGUAUUGCUUGUAAUUGCUAUUUUCAGGGGACAAUGUGGAACUUCCAAAAAUUUUGGCUAUUAUAAAUCCUUUAACAAACAAAUAAACUAAAAGUAUUGAGAUGGACUCUCCACCGUCAUGUUCACUAAGCGCUACUGGACCUCUCAGUGAUCUUGGUAGCAGUGGAAUUGGAGGGUCCAUUUCUAGCGAUUCAGUUCGAGCACAUCUUGCAAUCGAGAUGCAAGAAAGCGAUAUAGAAAGUAAAUCUUUAUCGCAAGAUUCUUUUGAUUAUUCAGAUGGUAUGUGUGGUGAAAAUUUUAAUACAUUGAAAAAAGGACCAGGAUGGACUGAUGCUGAUGGAAAACUAGAAGUUGAAGUGGUCGAUGUAGCUAUUAAACCUCCACCAGAAUUUCAAGAUAGCCCUUCUCCUCCUAACUCUGAAUCUUCAUCUGCACCGAUCCUUAGCUAUGCACGAUUAAUGAGACAAAAAGUUCCACAAUUAAUAGACGAUUAUGCCGAAAAUUUAGUACAGUCGAUGAUUGAAGAAGCGCUAAUAAUAUCUUGUAGAAUAUCAUGGCCAGAAGGAAGAAUAGCGCCUGCAACAAAUCAUGUACCGGUGGUAACUCGUAGUGUAUAUAAUCCAAAACGUCUUUGGGCAACAGAUUUGUUGACACCUUCAUCGUGUCAGGGAGCUACCACUUUAAUUACCCCAUAUAGCACUUUGAAUCGUCCAAAUUCACGAUGUUCUUUAGCUUCUUCUCGUUUGUCCAGUUCUCAUAAUUCAAUAAAUACCUCAGGACUGAGUCAUAAAGUGGAUGACAGCAGUUUUAUCACCUCUGCUAUGUCACAUGAUGUUUUAACGACCAGUGAGAUUAGUGAUAUGUACAAUGUGCCCUUUGAUUCUGACAUUUAUACUGUACCAAUAGAUGUAGUUAGACCUUUGCAUGAUCUUAGAACGCCGCAAAGGCCCAAACGUCAUAGACAUCAUCGUAAAAGGAGAAGAAAUGUGUCUGCUAGUUCACAGAGUGAAUUAGAAGCCCAUAUUCAGCAAGCAAGGCAUUAUUGUGGAAAACCUCGAGCUAUUACACACGUCAUAAAAUCACAGAGACUAUUAUCCGAUGUAUGCUGCAAUGAAACUGGGAACGGAAAGCGUCAUAGCGUUCCGGGCACAUCUGGUCGACAUACGUCUCGAACAUCUAAUGGUCACAUGCAUAAUAUUGGUGAACCAAUUCACAUGACUUUACAUGAAGUGCGUCAAUAUUUGCAAACACUAUACUCAAGCUCCAGUGAUUCUAGUGAAAAUAAAAUUAAACGCGAUAAUAAAGCUCCAAUAAGUCAUACACCUGUACACCUUGCAAUGCCAAAAGGUAUUAGUGUAAAUAAUAACAAUAGAUAUAGUAACCCGCAUACAGAUUCAGCGAUGGAUACUCCGAUUUCAAACAAAAAUAGCAAUGGACUGAUUCACAAUAACAAUAAUAAUAAUAAUAAUAAUAAUAACAAUAAUCAUAAUGGUAAUGUUAAGAAGCAUAAAAAAAAUUCGUUUGUUAGCAUUAAACAUAAAAAGGUAAAAGAUGAGCCACAUAAAGAGAAGGUCGAUUCUGAAAGAGAAAAGAUUAAGAAGAGCCAACGAAACUUCUCAUUAAAUUUGAAACAAACACUUUGCAAUAUCUUUAGAUUCAGGCGUUUGGGUUCUCCGGACCAUUUCGUAGAGAAAAGAAAUAGCAUUGUACAGGGUGAAAUUGUAGAAGAAGAAGAGGGUGUUGAUUCUGACCAACAUGCUAAUAAUAAUAAUACUACCUCAGAGGUAGAUUCCUCUGUACAAAAGCUACCUUUUUUUAAGCGUGCAUUACCGCCAUUGCCGAAAAGCAAUGGGCAUGUAGGAUGUGUCGAACAAGCGGAAGAUGCGCUUACAACGAUGGUAUCUAAGUGUGAAAGUCCAACUUCUAUACCACCACAAAUGCCUCUACCUGCGCCAAAAGUCGAGGACGAACCAGCAGAAGAUACCAGCAUGGAUUUUGCUGCUAGUAUUGAGAAAGUAAAGGAUUAUGGAUGGUAUUGGGGCCCAAUAUCUGGUGAAGCUGCAGAGAAAAUACUGUCGAAUGAACCAGACGGAUCAUUCAUUGUACGAGACAGUAGCGAUGAUCAUUAUAUUUUUUCCUUAUCAUUUAGGCUUAACAGCUGUGUGCGACAUGUAAGAAUUGAGCACGAUCAGGGUAAUUUCAGCUUUGGAAGUUGCACAAAAUUCAAGUCUCAUACAAUUGUCGACUUUAUCGAGAAUGCGGUAGAACAUUCACGUAGUGGACGAUAUUUGUUUUUUCUUCAUCGACGGCCAGUGUUAGGUCCAAUGCGUGUGCAACUUCUUCACCCAGUGUCAAGAUUUAAACAGGUUCAAAGUUUACAGCAUACAUGCAGAUUUGUUAUUUUGAAGAUGGUACGCAGGGAUCUUAUUCCCACUCUACCUCUGCCUCGGCGGCUCAUUGAUUACCUGAGCACGCCUCAUUACUACAGUGAACAGUUAGCUGAACAGGACGAUAGAGCUGAAUCUCCUGUUAGUUCUUCAACUGGUGAAUUAGAGAAGAUUUGUUUCACACCACAAGGCCUAUCGUGAGGUACAAAUAUAUAAUCUUUUGUCCUUCAUUUUUGUGAAAUACUUGCCAAAUGUUUAGUAUGUAUGGUUUAAGAUUUAAGAUUUCACACAAUUUCGUUCCAUAUGAUUUUGUUAAAGAAUAUUACGAUUAAAUAUGGGAAUAACCUAUUUUUACAUAUAUUAUACGUUAAAUUAAAUUUGAAAUAUACAAUUUUUAUAUCUGUUUGAAAAGAAGGGUAAUCCGUUCCACGCAGUUCGUAUAUAGAAAAAUAUAGUUAAUCGCAUAAAAGUACUAAACGAAUUGGAAAGCAAAAGGUAAAAUUACUUCGAAGAUAAUUUUCAAUCAGAAUUCAUAUUGACACGAUUAAAAAUGCACAAGUAGAUUGAUAUCAGAUCUUGAAUUUAUGAUUUUCUCAUUUUGUCAUAAAAUGAUUUCCAGAGCACUUAUACAGUAAUCUCAACAAAUUCUAUGUUAUCAGUUUUAAUAUAAGUUCCUGUCUUUUAUUUUAAAAUACCUUUACGAGUUCAUACGAUGCAAUGAAUGUAUAAUAUUCAUAUAUGUAUAAUGAUGCAAAACGGUGAUCGAAUAACUCCUUCUUGCGUGCCAUAUAUCUCGUACUACUCUGUUCAUAUAGACAUUAAAAUCAUAAUGUUCUUUAUUCAUUGGUUUUUAGUUAAUAAAUUAUGCUUUUGCCAGAGA